AUGGAUCAGUUAAGGGAUGACCUUAUCAAGAUAAGAGCUCAAGUUACUUCUCAGAUGGCUCAAUUCAUGGAGGUCAUGCAAGGCAUGGCUAAUCGCCAAGAAGAGCUCAGAAUUCGGAUGGACACAGUUGCUCGGGUUGUUGCGGACCCCCCGCAAGGAAAUCCUGCUGAUAUCUGUGUCAAUGGUGAACCUAUGAACGGAGUACCUGAUGUAAUUCCUCCUGGUGUCAAUCAAGACCGACACGAGGAUCUAUUCCCUGAAAGUGAAUGGGGACUUCCACCUGAUGCUGGAAGGAUGUUUAGAGGUUUGGAGGAAAGGAUGAGGGCCAUGGAAGGCCAAGGACUGGGGAUGGACAUAAGUGAUUUGGGACUGGUUCCUGGCGUCCGCGUGCCACCGAAGUUCAAGGUACUUGACUUUAACAAAUACAAGGGGAAUACUUGUCCUAAGACACAUGUCCAAGCUUACUAUCGCAAAAUGCAUGUGUACUCCGAGGACGAAGAACUGUUGAUGCACUUCUUCCAAGAUAGCCGGACUGGGGCAUCCCUGGAGUGGUACAUGAGAUUAGAGAGAGCUCACAUCCGAAGUUGGAGGGAUCUAGUUGAGUCCUUCAUAAAGCAAUAUCAGUAUAAUGUUGACAUGUCACCAAAUCGCACUCAGUUGCAAAAUCUAGCCCAGAAAGCUAAUUAUUCCUUCAAGGAAUAUGCGCAGAAGUGGCGCGAGCUGGCAGCUAGAGAAGGAGAUGAUGGACAUGCUGGUAGAAUACAGAAUAUAGGUGUUGCUAGUUCCUCCUCUGGGGCUGGUGGAAAGAAGCCAUACAAUGGAUUUGCCAAGAAAAGAGAGGGCGAAACAAGUGCUGCCUACCAUGGUAAAGGCAAGAGCCAUGCUUAUCAACAAGUAGCCGCUGUGACUAUACCAAAUGCACCUUUCCACCAAUAUCAGCAGCGAGGGUAUCCUCCACGUCAAUAUCAACAACAACCAAAAGUGCCAGAAAGGGUUUUUGAUCCGAUCCCGAUGACCUAUGCACAAGUAUUGCCAUAUCUCCUCGAUUUGAAGUUGGUCCAAUUGAGGACUCUGGCCACUCCCGCUAAGUUGCCUGCUAAUUGGGAUGCCAACGCAAGAUGUGAAUUCCACUAUGGGGCGCCUGGCCAUAACAUUAAAAAUUGUAAAGCGUUGAAGCAUCAGAUUCAAAAUCUUAUCGACUCUAAGGACAUUGAGUUUACUCCUACUCAAGGGCCUAAUGUUGUUCAGAAUACUAUGCCUCCCCAUGGAGCUCAUGCUCCGAAUGCUAUUGAUGUUGUUAAAGAUGCUCUCCUAGUCAAGAAUGUGAUCGAACUGGGCUCUCUGUUUCCGUUAUUGAAGAAGGAAUUGUUAAGGAUGGGCCUAUACUCUGGUUGUGGAGAAUUUUGUGUUGAUUUCCUGGCUAAUUCCUCGGCUUGUGAUAAUUUGAAAAGUGGGGUCCAACAGUUGAUAUAUAGUGGGUAUCUAAAGUUUGAGCGUGUGCGACAUCCUGAAAUGGGUGAGAACGAAGUCAAUGUGGCAUCCAUUCCGUAUACUCCUUCCAAGAUUCCAAUUCAUGCCGGAGCACCUCCUUUGGUUAUUACAUUGCCUGGUCCCGUCCUAUAUACCAGUGAAAGAGCAAUCCCAUGGAAUUAUGAGGCAAAAGUUUUCUACCAAGGGGCCAAGUAUGAGAUCAAAUUGCCGGUUGAGAAAGAAGAUGUGGAUAACUUUGUUGGCAUUGGGAGAAUGACAAGGAGUGGUCGUAUUCUCAAUCCUCCCUAG